ACCACACGUAUAUGAAUGCUUGGCAUUGCAGUACUCGUGUUGAAAAGGAGACGUUCUGUGUACUGCGUUUGUGUGUGCAAUGCCCUAACGUGAAUGGACGUGUGUGUGUGUGUUCAGCUGGCAUGCAUGGGCUCGAGUACAUCGCGCAGUACAGUGCACUCAAACUCGUGGAUGACGGUGCCUUGCUUGUUGACCCCGCCGUCAUGAGAGGCGGCUGGUUUGAUAAUUGACGGUACCUUUCUCUGUAGUGACACUGACUACUGCAACAGCAUGGUCAUUUCAUUGUUGCAUCUAGCCAUAAUCAUUCAUCUAGAAGUAGGCACCUAGUCCUAGUAUUGAGUUUCGACACCCUCUCAAACCAUGGAUGAAGACCCAGGACCCGCUGGGACCCCAUCAAGUUCUGGAGAUGGAGACAAAGAUGACACUGUUCCAAAUACACAUGGUCUCCAGCUGCUAGCAAAAUUGGCCUCUCCUGCACUUGUAUCACAGAGUGAAGGUCCAGCUGCUGCUCCCAAUGCAGCUGUUGUGAUGUCACCCGGAGGAUCAGGGGGGUCUGUUAGUCCGAGGGGUCAAAACAAGGUCACUAUUGGUGUCCAGCAGGUUUCUAACAUUCAGGGGAAGACAAUUAAGCAGGGAGCUCAGACCUUCUAUAUAACCACACCAGCAACAUCAGGAAAUCUUGUUGGGAAACCUGUACAGCUGAAGACCUCAUCUGCUGGCAAACCAUACUUAAUUCAAACAAGUGGAGGAUUAGUUACCACAUUGCAAGCGGGCCAGUCAGGACAGAAGGUUUUACUUACCAGCAGAAGUGUUCAGCAGCCAUCUUCCAAUAUUGGAACCAGCAUCCUUUCCAAUGUUCCCACCACCAGUACAGUACAAGCAACAGGAAAACCCAUCAUGGUGACUCAGCAAAACCAGCCUCAGAUAAAGUUUGUGACAAAAACCAGUCCAACUCAGCAGCCAAACACAUCACAACCAAUGAAAGUUCAAUUGCGUGUCAAAGACAGCACUAUUCUGCAAAAGCUGCAACAAUCUGGUCAGGUGAUGACCUUAGGGGCUCAAGGAAAGCCAGGUGAUGGGAAACAGCAACCUAUUCGUCUUGUGUUGCCAGGAUCCUCUGCUGGCAAUAGCAAUGCGGGACAAAUCCAGCUGGUCCAAACACAGCAGGGUUUGCAGAAAGUGAUAACAUUGCAGCAGCCGAAGCAGGCUCAAAUGCAGCCCCAAGGACAACCACAAACACAGCCGCAACAGACAGUUCAAAUCUCCCAACCACAGAACAAGGCCCCUGUCCAGUUUGCUGUUGUGCAACAACCAGGAGGCAUCGGUGCAGGUACACGUCUAGUAGUGGUUUCCCAACCCAGUUCAUCUACAAGUACUUCUGCUGCAGUUACAACAAGUCCUGCAGGGAAGUCAUCCCUGAUCUCCCAGCCUGGCACUAUCCGCAUUGUUAUACCCCCUCAAUCGCAAGUUGGUGAUGCAUCCAAGUCCGCAGAUGGUAAGGCAUCCACCACAGUUACUGCACAGAAUAUAUACCAGAUUCUAGCAAACCAAAAGGUGCAAAUUCCUCGGGUAUCUAAUGUAAGCACACUAAAUCAAGGACAAGUCAAGCUUAUACAAAGUAGUGGAGGAAACACCGUUAAAAGCUCACAGGGACAAACAUGUAUCAUAGUUCCCUCUACUGUUUCCACUACUGGUGGAAAGAGCAUAGCAAUUGCUUCAUCUCCAAAGUCACCUGGUUCUUCAAACGUACCAGCUAUCAAUAGGAUCUCUCCGAUAAGACAAGGAAACACAGUGGUCCAUAUUGUUUCCGGAGCUGGCGGCCAGCAAAUUGCCACUGUGGUAAACUCAACAGCCAUGCAGCCCAAGCCUGGAGUGCAAUCAGUACGUGUCACUUCACCUAAGACGGUGUCCCUUUCUCCAAGAGGUCAGGGAAAACCUGUUUCAGGUGCUGCAGUCAAGCUUUUUACUACCAUCACAACCACUGCUGCAGGUAGCAUUAAGCAACUGACUAACACUGGUCAAACUGUCACCUCCAAAGUCAUUUCAUUGGCACCAACAGUCACAACCCAGUCCCUUUCAACAGUGCCAAGCACUAGUCCUCAGAAAAUCACUAUCAACAAGAAGGUGAUCAACCUUGCUUCUGUCCUUCCUAAGACAGGUGUUUCAAGGGAAAAGACUGAUAAAACUGUGACUGUGAAUACUGUGCCUGGAGUAGCAUCAACAUCUAGUGCUGGCGCCAGCUCACAGCAACAGAAGUUAGUUAAGAUCCUUCCCACUAAGGCUGGCCAGAAACCUACUCAAUUGGUCAUUCUUGUGAACCAGUCAGCUGCCAAUAUUGGAGAGGAGGUCAAAGAGAUAGGGGAAGAGUUAAACAAACUUCAGAACCAACCAAAGACCCAAGAGACUGUGGACAAGCUGAAGCAGCUACAGGCCCGUCUACAAAAACUGCAAGUAGCUGCACAACUGUCUGCCAAGGCCAAGAACCAAGAUGCCGAUGAGCCUCUCCCUACAAAUGAGAAGGAGAGGAAGAAGGCUGUCAAACAAAGAAAGCUGCAAGACAAGGCCAAUCGUAUUAUUGCUGAAGCUGUAGCCAAGGCCAGAGCUGCUGGAAAGUUGGACAUUCCUAAGGUCUUCCUUGACAAUGAAGAGAUAUCUGCAGAGCUCAUCAGUGAAUUAGAGUUGGAGGCAGAAACAAAGAAGAAGAAAAAAGACAAGAAGGAUCGCUCCAAGUCAAAGAAAUCUUCUAAGCAAACCAAAGAGAAGAAAGCUAAGGAGAAAAAGUUGUUCACAAUCAAGAAGAAAUCCUCUCAAAGCGGUCAUAUCAAGAAGCUACCAGCAGCGGCCAUCAACAAGCUGAAGCGGCAGAAGCGUAAGCAUGGUGAGUUCAGUGGUGAGAGCUCAGACCUGGAUGAGACGCCUCCCCCUUCACCUCCACCAGACGAAUUCAGUGGGCCUGGUAUAGAGAAACGCCGAUCCGCCCGCAACACCAACCGCAAGCGAUACACUGAGGACUACGAUUUCAACAUCACAUCCAACGAUGAUUCCUCAUCCGAUGAGGAGAAGGACAAGAAGAAGAAGAAAGUUAAAAGUGAUGUCAAGGUCCCAGUAGUACCAAAGAUGAUCAAGAUAAAAACAAAGCAAGAUAAACAGGAUGAAGAUGUUGAUGUGGAAGGCAAUUCAGAGAUUGAUGUUGUGUCUUUUGAGCCAUCAGAAACAGCAAAAUUCUUUGUUGAUAACCCUGAUGAGUCACAGGCAAAUGUCGUUGAGAAGAUCCUGGCUUCCAGGAUCACCAAGAAACCUCAGAUACCAGGAGAAGCUCAGGUCGGAGAGAUUGAGGAAUUUUAUGUCAAGUACAGGAACUUUUCGUACCUUCAUUGUGAAUGGGCUACAAUUGAAACGUUAUCAGCUGAUCCUAGAAUAUUUCAGAAGAUCAAACGCUUCCGGCUCAAGCAGCAGGCCAAUUAUGGCCUUGUUUCAGAGUUUGAUGAAGGGGAGUAUUUCAACCCUGAUUUCAUUGUUGUGGAUCGUAUCCUGGACAAGGCUAUCACCAAGGAUGAGGACUCGGAUGAAAUGGUGACUCACUACCUGGUCAAGUGGGCCAGUCUCCCUUACGAGGAAAGCACCUGGGAACUGGCCCAAGACGUGGACAAGGGUAAGAAGAAGAUCUAUGAGAAGUUCAGCAAGCUACCUUCCAAGUCAGAGAGACAGCGCAAAUCCAGGCCUGGUAAGAGUGAAUGGAAGAAGCUUAGCAAGUCACCCAAUUACAAGGAUGACAAUGUACUGCGUGAAUACCAGUUAGAAGGGGUCAACUGGCUCACAUUUAGUUGGUGUACAGGUCAAAGCUGUAUCCUGGCUGACGAGAUGGGUCUCGGCAAGACCAUCCAGACUAUUGGCUUCCUCCAUGAAAUUGAGAAGACUGGCAUCAAAGGACCGUUCCUGGUCCUGGCCCCACUCUCUACUAUCACCAACUGGCAGCGGGAGGUGGAGUCUUGGACCGACAUGAACUGCGUUGUGUACCAUGGUGGUUCCCAGAGCAGGCAUAUGAUAGCAGAGUAUGAAAUGUUCUUCAAAGAUGCAUCAGGUGUGAAGAUUCCAGAUGUCUACAAAUUCCAGAUCUUGAUCACUACAUACGAAAUACUGCUCGCAGACUGUCAGGAACUGAGUGAGAUUGAAUGGAGGGUCCUGGUCAUCGAUGAGGCACAUCGACUUAAGAACAGGAACUGCAAGUUGUUAGAGGGACUCAAGAUCCUUGAUAUGGAGCAUCGUGUUCUCUUAACAGGCACACCACUCCAGAAUAAUGUAGAUGAGCUCUUCAGCUUGCUAAAUUUCCUGGAGCCUGGCAGGUUCCGCUCUAGCUCUCAAUUCCUUGAAGACUUUGGUGAUCUCAAGACAGAGGGGCAGGUUGAGAAACUGCAACAGCUGCUGAGACCCAUGAUGCUCCGUCGUCUGAAGGAAGAUGUAGAGAAGAAUCUGGCUCCCAAGGAAGAGACGAUCAUUGAGGUUGAGAUGACGAGCAUUCAGAAGCGUUACUACCGAGCCAUCUUGGAGAAGAACUUCAGCUUCUUGACCAAAGGGGCGGGGUCGACAUCAAACUUACCCAACCUCAUGAAUACGAUGAUGGAGCUGAGGAAAUGCUGUAAUCAUCCAUUCCUCAUCAAUGGUGGUGAAGAGCAGAUCAUCAAGGAGUUCAGAACAGCUGAACGAAUGCCAGAUGAAACCAUCAUCAGCGUUCAUGUGAAUCCCCUGCUCCAUAUGAAGGUUCUGAUCCAGUCAGCUGGUAAGAUGGUUCUCCUCGACAAACUUUUGCCAAAGCUCAAGGAUGGUGGCCAUAAGGUCUUGAUCUUCUCUCAGAUGAUCCGCUGUCUGGAUAUCCUCGAAGACUACCUCAUCCAGAAAAGAUAUCUUUUUGAGAGGAUUGAUGGCAGGGUAAGAGGCAACAUGAGGCAAGCUGCUAUUGAUAGAUUCAGCAAACCAGACUCGGAUCGGUUUGUGUUCUUACUGUGCACCCGAGCUGGUGGUUUAGGCAUCAACCUGACUGCUGCUGAUACCUGUAUCAUCUUUGAUUCGGAUUGGAAUCCUCAGAAUGAUAUCCAGGCUCAAGCGAGAUGUCAUCGUAUCGGCCAGCAGAAAGCUGUCAAAGUCUAUCGCCUCAUCACAAGAAACUCCUAUGAGAGGGAGAUGUUUGAUAAGGCUAGCAUGAAACUUGGUCUUGAUAAAGCUGUGCUCCAAUCCAUGAGGGAUAAAGAAGCUUCAUCAUACAACCCUCAGCAGCAGGCCCUGUCCAAGAAGGAGAUAGAGGAUCUGCUACGACGAGGAGCUUACGGGGCCAUCAUGGACGACGACGAACAAUCAUCACAGUUCUGUGCUGAAGACAUUGACAUGAUUCUGCAGAGACGUACCCAGGUCAUCAAGCACAAACCUGGCCAGAAGGGUUCAUCUUUUGCCAAGGCAAGCUUCACUACAGAUUCUGAUCAUACCGACAUCAAGAUUGAUGAUCCUGAUUUCUGGCAUAAGUGGGCAAAGAGAGCAGACAUUGAUCCUGAAACAGGCAAGGAGGACUUCAUUAUCGACGUCCCUCGCCAACGUACAAAGACCAAGCGCUUUGGAGGCAUGGACGAGGUCCUUGACAUGACCUCAGAUGAGAGUGAGGAUGAGCGUCCUACCAAGCAUCAGACAAACACCACUAAGAAGACCAAAGAAAAGAGAGAGCCCUCACAGAGACCACCAAAGAAACAGGUGCCAUGUGGAUGGACUCGUCUGGAGUGCUUCAGAGUGGAGAAAGGAUUGCUGACAUUUGGUUGGGGUCGAUGGGACGAUAUCCUUGCAACAACAAGGUUCAAGAGAAGACUUGGUGAGAAUGAUGUAGAAUCCAUUGCAAGAACUAUGUUAAUGUACUGUCUGCAACAUUACAAGGGUGAUGAGAACAUCAAGAGCUUCAUCUGGGACUUGGUCACCCCAUCACCCGAUGGAACGGUCAAAGACUGCAGGAAUCACAAAGGACUCUCUGCACCGGUUCCUCGAGGCAGGAAGGGCAAGAAACCCAAGAGGGAUCCCCAGGCAGCUCACAUCAGCUAUGACAUGACCGCCAAGGAUCAUAACCUGGAUAACCUACUGACAGACCAAGGCUACAAGAAUCACCUCAAGAGACACUGUAACAAGGUACUGCUACGUGUUCGACUACUUUACUACCUGAAACAAGAAGUCAUUGGAGAUUUUGCUGAGCAGAUUGAAAACAUGGUUCAUGUGAAGAUGCUACCACUGGAGGUGCCUGUACCGGAAGGUGACCCACCUGUAGGCUGGUGGGAUAAAGAAGCUGAUCAUUCCUUGUUGAUUGGUGUCUACAAACAUGGUUAUGAAAAGUACCCAGGAAUCCGUCUUGACCCCUGCCUGUGUUUCAGGGAGAGAUGUGGUGUGCCUGACCACAGAGAAAUCAUGGCUGCUCAGGCCAAGGAGAAUGAAGACUUCAAUGAAAGUCAGCUGGAUGUUGAAGGAGGAGAUGGUUUAGAUGUAGAUGAUGGAGAAGGAGAUGAUUUAGGGGAUGGAGAAGGAGAAGGAGGUGACUCCCAGGGUAGUAAGGAUGAGGGUAUGGAGAUUGCUCCAUCAGCCAUACCAAAGCAUCUCAAGGAAGAUCCUGAUGAUGACUCUAUAUCACCAUCAAGUACCCGGCCUUCUUCACCAACUUCCACCGCCAAGACAGUACCAAAGCUAAAGAUAUCCUCUAUCAUCAUACCAACUGCUGUGCCUGGCAAGCUCCUGUUUCCUACAGCACCAGACCUUAACACCAGACUUCGUAGACUGGUCGCUGCCUACCAGAGAGAACACAAGAAAAGACAAAUCAAAGAACAAAAGAGAGAAAAGAAAGAACAGGUUAAGAUGGUGAGACUGCAAGAACAGAUGCGACAGAGAGAGCUGAGAAAGAUUGAAAAUGCUCAAAAAUGGUCGAGACGAGAGGAGGCUGACUUCUAUCGCAUCUUGACGGCCUUUGGGGUUGACAAGGACCAGGAAACUGGAAAGUUCAACUGGGAGCGCUUCAAGAGACUAGCCAAGCUAGAUAGGAAGUAUGAUGAUAGGAUGACAGAGUUCUAUCAGCAUUACUAUGCCAUGUGUCUCAAGGUGUGUAAGAAGGCUGAAGAAAUUCCAGAAGGAUAUGGUGCCACACCGCUUCCUGAUAACUUCACCAUCGAGGACAUCACGGAGGAGAGAGCCAGCAAGUGCCUCUCUCGCAUAGACCUCCUCAAUAAGAUCCGCACCCAGAUCCUGCCCCACCCUGAUCUGGAUGAGAGGCUCAAGAAGUGCCGUCCUAGCAUGGAGCUUCCGGAUUGGUGGCAGCUUGGUCGACAUGACAAGGAUCUCAUAGUAGGCGUCUGCCGGUAUGGCAUCAACAGGCAGGAAUCCCAACAUGCUAUGAUGAACGAUGGAGACCUGUGCUUCAAAGAACUCAAAGAGAAGUUUCCAGAGGCAGCUGCAACCAUGCCUGUCCCUGUCACCAACCCUUCCACCCCAGGCACUGCAGUGGGUCCCUUCCAGAGGAGACCUGGUCUCAAGAAACCUGGUCCAAAGAAGGGUGUACCCAGGAAGAAGAAACCCCCACCAGAUAAACCUGAUGAAGCAAGUGCUGCUGCCCAGGGCACCAGUCAGAACAACCCUUUGGAAAGUGAGCAAGGGAAAGAGGGUUUAGACAACGGGAACUCUGCACCUCAGGCAGCAGAGGGUCCAUUGAAAUUUUUAGAGGAUGAUGAUGAAAGGACUACGGGGGGCCAGGUGGAAGGAUUGGAAGCAACCAAUGAGGACAGCUUGGAUACCUCAAAGCUUAUCAAGGACGAACUGGAAUCACGACCUGACAGUGCAGACAUGAGUCAGGAUGCCAACAGUAUCAAUGAUGACCUCGAUGAGGGGCUUGGCUCUGGCGAUGACGAUGACGACGAGCACAAGAUCAAUGACUCCUCCAGAGCUCUUGACCCUCCUUAUGAUAACAUUGACACUACAAGUAAAGUCUCAGGGAUAGAUGAUGAAGGGUCAAACUUGUUUGGGGUGAAAAUGGAAAGCCUUGAUGAUGACUAUGAAUCAAAAGAGCAAUUGCUUAAAGAAGAGGUGAAGUAUGAACACAUGUCCGAUGACAACAGCAACUUGGGUGAGCCGUUUGCAAAGGCGGAUGAAAAGUAUGAAAAUAUGUCUGAUGACAAUAGCAAUGUGGGUGAUCAGUUGAUUAAGACAGAAACAAAAUAUGAAAACAUGUCCGAUGACAACAGCAAUUUAGGUGAUCCUGAGCAGCCAAUGGAUAUGCAGCCGCCACCUCUAUCUAUGCUUCAGCAAGUCCUCAUGAAAGGUGGUGAUGGGAACCACUUUGGUCUGGUCAAACAGGAGAGUGGAGAAGGCAAAGGAAAGCCACAAGGCAAGAGUGCCAAACCGAGCAGUACUAAGAAGAAGGAAAGUGUACCUAAAGUUGUUGUUCCAACAUUCAGAUGGCCAAAGGAUCGUGUGAUUGUCCAUAGACUUGAGCAGCUGAGUCACCUGGUGUUAAAGGAUGAGUGGCCAGGACGUAGGAGUCAUCAUCAUCCAGUCCUAUUUGAUCCACCUUACGAUGACAAUGAUUCCCCUGGUCCUAGGGGAGGUCUGGAGCACAACUAUGCUGGAGGGAUGAGCUCUGGUCGCAAGAGAGCUGCACCAGCACUGAAUCCUGAUGGUACUGUGAAGAAGAAGAAAAAGAAGAAGAAGCUCAUGUUAGAUGCACAAAGAGCCGCCCAGUUUGCAGCUCUGAUGCGACAGAACCAAGCCAUGAUGGCCGCCUUCACGAGCGGAGGUGCUCUUCCUGGAUCCAUGGAAGAAGACCCUUCAGCCAUCGCAGAUUUGGCCAACAACACCCCACCCCAGUCUACAUCCAUGCUCUCCCUCCCUCCCAGCGCCACCCCUUCCUCCGGCUAUCACAUCCAUGAUACAGUCUUCAAGGCAGUGCCAGACUUUGUGAGGGAAGGGCGUGGCCCAGCGGAGGGGCGUGUGGUGGGCGUGUUGGACAUGAGUGGGAAGGGGAUGGUGAAGAAGAAGAAAAAGAAAGUCAAGGUUCAUACAGUGAAGGUGGAUGGCAAGCUGGUUAAGAUCAAGAAACCUGUGGAUCCUAACAUUCCUCUCAAAGUGGUGAAGAAAAAGAAGAAGAAACACAAACACAAAGUUGGUGCUGGAAGUGGCCAGUCGACUGAGCAAACCACAUCUACUGCUGCUUCAGAAUCUCAGGAAUCUCAGGACGAUGGAGCUUCUGGUGCAGCCACAACGUCCGCCACACCCAGCUCAACCACACCGGUCAAGAAGAGAAAGCGUUUGAAGAAUCCUGUCCGACUGGAUGAAGGUGCCAUCACAGGUGAGGAGAAGGUUGGGAUGAUCUCAAGGGAGUCUGGUAAGAGACUGGCAGGGAAGCAUUGCCCCUCCUUGGUCAACCUCUCGGACUGGCUGGUCAAGCAUCCAUCUUACAACGUGGCCAUGGAAUGGGGCAACAUUGUCAAGACUAAGGGUUACCUACGAGAUGAGUUGAAGAACAGAGUAGCCACAGGCAAGUCUCGUCACAUUUUGAUCAAGCCAAACAUCGCUCCAGCCCCCACCAAGCUGACGAUAGGAGGCCUCUCUGGGUCAAAUGUCACUGGUCAGAUUGGUCAACGUCCUAUGGGUGGUAUUGGUUUUCCUGCUUCUUUUACUGGGGUUGGGAUGGGGAAGAUCACGUCUCCCACUGGGAUAUCUGUCUCUGCUUCCGGGCUUGGUGUGCCUUCAAGCAAUGUCUCUCAUUCCCCGUCACCAAAAAAGAAAAAGAAGAAGACGAAUUCGAGUCCGAUGGACGUUAAGAAAAAUAUCUUGCCUAGGACUAUAACAGUGGAUGCCACUGCUGCAGGUCAGCUGGCAGGUAUAUCGCCAUUUCUUCUACCAAACACCGGCAAUGUGUUUUUCUCACCGUUUCUUGCUCAGCAGGGUGUGCUACAAGCUGCAGGUAACACCGUGACCAUAACGACUCCCAGCUCUGCCUCUGCUACAAGCCAAGGAGGAAUUGCCACUCCCAAGAUUCAGGUGGUUAGUAACGCGACUGACAAUGCAGCUCGCAAGAGAACUCACUCAGAAAUAGAGAGUCCCAAAGGCAAUGCCCAGAAUAACAUUGAGAGCGAUGACAGUGAUUCUAGUGAUGAUGAUGGACAGCUUACAAUCAAAGAUGAUGAUGAAUUAUGACCUAUGUUUAACCCAUUAGUAAUUCCAGCGUUUGAAUUUUCAAUGGAGAUUAUGCUGAUGAAAUAAUACGUGUAAAUCUGGAACAUAUGUGUGGUAUUUAUUUUUGUAAGUUCGUAUAGAAUUUGAUUUUUUUUUUCAGGGUUUAGUAUCUUAAAUAGAUUCAAGCAUCAAAUCAACCCUUUUGAAGUGAAAGUGAAAUAAAUCUUUUUGUUAUUUUUAUUUUUAUCAUUGUUGAUUGACCAAACACUGGAACUUGUGCCAAGAAGCUUUAUAAAUAUGACCACCCCUCCCCCUCUCGAACCGGAUGGGCUAGAAUGGUUGGGACACUUAUCCUAAACUUAUCUAGAAAUGGUUUUCAUUGUGUGAUUUAAAGUACAGUGUUUGUGUUGCUGUAGAGAAAUAAGAGUACCGAAGUGUGAUGUCAUCAAUUUUCACUUUUUGCAUAUCAGCGUUUUUUAUACCAUUUUUUGGUAGAUGAAAAGCCCCCACAACAAAAAUUUGGUUGGAAUCAGUUCAUGGGGGCCCCAAGAUAUGACCUCAUGAAUACAUAAUUAGCCCCCAUUGAAGCCAAUCUAUCAUUGGCCUGGUUCCUAACAUUUUGAACCAGGCCAAUAAUACACUGACUUCAAUGGGGCUAAUUAUGUAUUCAUGAGGUCAUAUCUAAGGCCCCCAUAGACCACUUCAAACCAAAUUUUGGUAGUGAGUUUUUUUAUCAUGCUCUACCAAAAUAUGGUAUCAAAAAUGCUGAAAUACUUUUUAAAAAAGAAGAGUUUUUUGUGACACCAUCACUUCGGUACCCUAUUGGGAUCAGGAUCAGGUGGCUGUCUAAACUCUAACAUUAGCUUUAUUUUCCCAUGACAUUUUCAAUCCGUUUUUAUAAGCACAUUGCACAACACAGUGAUAAGAGAAUCAGUGAUGUCACGCACUCGUUAUUCGUUUGUAUUUUAGGAACUGCUAUUUGUUUUCUGCAUUAAGACAUAUUUCCCUAGCAAUGGCAAAAAGAAGCUGCUGAAAACUGCUUAUCUAGUAAAAGAGAGCCAAUGGAGUAAAUUAGAAAGUCAAAAGGGGCCUAAGCUUUCGAUCCUAUAUAUUUCCCUAAUCUAAUAAAUUAUGUGCUCUCAAGAUGGUCAAUAAGUAAUAAAAAGUAAAACAGAAGUUCCUAUACUUGAUCACCUCACCUACUCCCCCUUCCCCAAUAAAAAGUAUGGAAGCCUUCAUUUCCUAAUUGUCUUUUAUGCAGUGGUGUAUCUGGAGGAUAGGCAAGAGUGACACAUGUCCCUGGUGCCACUUGCAAGGGUUUCUAAAAAGGCCAAAUAUAUAAAUAUUUUAAGCUCUAAAAGAAACCCAAUAAAUUAAACCUUGGAGGGAUUUUUCAUGAAAAUUGAUAAUGUUAUUGGUGUAAGGUUUGGGAAGGGUCAUGGCUCAGUGCCCCCCUUCCUGUGCUCCUGGCUCUGUUUUCCCUGAGUAACAUCACUGUCUUUAUCACCCACUUGAUGUAACAUUGGUGCAUGUCUUGUUUUGAAAUACAUCAAGAUAUACAUGUACAUGAUCUUUAAUUGGUCCUGGUUGUAUUAAGUUACUCAAAAUUUUGGUUUACUCUUUGAUUCUAAAGAAAUAGUUACCUUGUGCAAGAGAACCUAACUAUUAACAUGAAAAAGUAAAAUUAACUGAUGGUUUGUGUAAGUUAAGUUGCAAAGAAAAGGGAAAAAAUGCAGUUUCCCAUAAUUAUUGAUCUUUUCAUUUUGUAAUGAUAUUGAAAUUUGAAAAAAAAUCUUGUGGAUGAGGUACUAUAGUUUUAAGUGUAUGAAAUUCAUAUUAGACCAGAACAAUGCAUAAAAUGAAGAAAUACAUGCUGAUGGUCUAUUUUAAUUGCUAAAUAUUUUACAUGAAUGUUGAUCUUGAUAUAAUAUUAAUUUUGAAGGCAACUGAAGAUAAAAAGUAAUUUGACUUUUGUUUUCCAAAUCCACAUUAAAAAUGAAUUGUCAUUAAGAUAUUGUUUAAGAAAAAUUGUACUCAUAAUGCAUUUUCAGACUGAUUACUGGUAAUAAUAAAAGUAUUUUUUGUACUAAAUUAUUUUCUUAUAUCAAAGUCACAGAAAAGGAGACAACAUAUAUUAUUUAAUGCUUAAGUCAAAUCUGUACCAGAAAAGAUUCACAAUACAAAUACCUUGUAAUAUUGUUUGUUAACCAUAUUACAGAGUUGUAGCCUUUCAGAAUAUUGUUAAAGUAAAAAUAUCCUUUUAACCAGAAAUUCGGGAUUUCCUUUUUGUUAAAUUUAGCAUUAUUAGACUUAAACACUUUUAGUAAAAAGUCUGUUUGCUGUCAAUGAUAUUUUUUGGUAUGAUUUCUAUUGAAAAGCUCUUUCCCCCAUGUGUUUCAUCAAUGAUUUGUCCAUCUUGAUUAUUCAAUGAUUGAAAACAUAUAUUUCAUGAUUUAUGAAAUGAAGUAUUUCCACCUCUUAUCAAGUAACUCGAUAUAUUCUGUCAAUUCAAGGUUAACAGAGACAUGUUUGAUAUUUAUACCUUGUGAAAGCCUCCUUGGUUUAUGACCUGGGCUCUGUAACAUAAAACUUUGCGAUUGAUAAUGAGGGUGAUUUUUACAAUUGAUUGUACUCGAUAUUCAAUCAAAUGAUCAUAGAAAUUUAGACCAACGAUCAAUCACCCGUCUUUAUGUUACCUAGCCCAGAAAUAAAAUCUUUACCAUUUCAGCUCUUGAAUCAAGACUGCUCAUGAAUUGAAAUAAAUGCAAAAUAUAUAUAUACCUUUA